AUGGCCUCCCAGAACCGCGACCCAGCUGCCGCCAGUGUCGCCGCCGCCCGCAAAGGAGCCGAGCCCAGCGGGGGCGCCGCCCAGGGCCCCGUGGGCAAGAGGCUACAGCAGGAGCUGAUGACCCUCAUGAUGUCUGGUGACAAAGGCAUCUCUGCCUUCCCUGAAUCCGACAACCUUUUCAAAUGGGUGGGGACCAUCCAUGGGGCAGCAGGCACAGUUUAUGAAGACCUGAGGUAUAAGCUCUCGCUGGAGUUCCCCAGUGGCUACCCUUACAACGCGCCCACGGUGAAGUUCCUCACACCCUGCUACCACCCCAACGUGGACACCCAGGGAAAUAUCUGCCUGGACAUCUUGAAGGACAAGUGGUCUGCCCUGUAUGGUGUCAGGACCAUCCUGCUGUCCAUCCAGAGCCUGCUAGGAGAACCAAACAUUGAUAGUCCUUUGAACACGCAUGCUGCCGAGCUCUGA